AUGGCUCCAGAGGCUACCCCGUCGAAAGGCGGCGGCAUGCUGUCGCUGUACGCCAACCUGCUUGAUCCUGAAGCAGAUGCCUCGUCUACUCCGGGGACGAUAUCACGAGCACCCGUCGUCUUCAAACAGAGUCCAGAAGGCGACUCUCAGCCAGACGAGUCCGCUGCAAAGAAGCAACAGAUCAAUUCCGCUGCUCUUCGCUUUCAACCUACGAAAAGACCUCAGAUCUCUGCUCAGAAACCGAAACCGAAGCCUACAUUGCCGAGAGCUGUUCCUGGGACGUCGCCCGCGCCUACUUCCUCAGCAGAUGCUUCUGCGUCCAAUAACGCGGCCAUUCGAGCGCCGGUCAAGACGACGUUGGCGGACUGGGCUGCAACUGACGAUGACGAUGUGAAUGGAUUCUACGGCGAGAGACGUCAGCGCGGCGGACGCAAAAAGCGUAAGAAGAACCGCGAGGCAGAGACGGUGUUUCAGAACUGGGACGAUAUCUAUGACCCUUCUCGACCGAAUAUCUACGAAGAGUACAAGCAUAGUGAGGAGAAAAUACGCGAGGUCAGGGAGUGGAAGGACCGUCUUUAUGCUCAUCGCAUGGCUAGCCGGAAUAGCAGUGCUUUCGACAGUGACGAAGAGUCUUCAAGACCGAUGAACCGGCAAUUCGCUCCUCCUCCUGGUCUGAACUUUGCACCACCUGCAGAUCUCAACAAGGUGUCGCCGCCGCCGGAGCCGCCUACGGAGGGCCCUCCGCCAGAACCUGCAGCGCCGCUCCCUGACGACCCGACGGGCGACGAUGCUUAUGCGCGACGUCUACGGAUGAGUGGCAUCUUGCCAGCUGCCGGACCUUCUGAUCCACAGCCGCCUAAGCCACCGUCACCUGCACCACAACCUACCCGUUCUCUUUCUUCGAUACAGGCUCCUUCGGCAACCAUAUCUCGUGCGCCUGUCCGAUACUCUCUACCACCGCCUCCGGAAGACAUCCCCGCAUCAGAAGCAGAGCUGGAGGAAACCUUCGCAAAGGAGCAGCCUGUCGAUGAGCCCGAAGAUGGAAAUGCUCCUCGGUCGCUACGUCCAGGCCAGAAAGGCUUUGCUGAACGUCUCCUGGCCAAGUACGGCUGGUCGAAAGGAUCAGGACUAGGUGCCACUGGUUCUGGAAUCGUCAAGCCGCUCCAGGUCAAAGUGGAAAAGCAGAAAAAGAAACCUGACUCUGAAGGUGGUGGGUUUGUUGGGCCUGGCGGCCGGGGUAAGAUCAUUGGCAGCGCCAAGAAGUCUGAGGAUGAAGGCAAGUUUGGUGCUAUGAGUGAGGUCAUCGUACUGAGAGGUAUGCUGGAUGGCCUGGACUUGGAAGCAGAAUUGGAGAGUAGUCAGGACGGAGGCCUGAUGCAGGAGAUCGGCGAAGAGUGCGCCGAGAAGUAUGGACGUGUCGAGCGCGUCUUCAUUCAUCGUAAUGCUGGCGACUCUGUUCCUGUCUUUGUUAAGUUCACUAGCCAGCUCUCUGCUUUACGGGCUGUCAACGCUCUUGAAGGACGAAUAUUUAAUGGCAACAAAAUCACGGCCCGAUUCUUCAGCAAUGAGAAGUUUGAAAAGGGGAUUUAUGAGUGA